AUGAGUAAAGUUGUCAAAAAGGCGGACCGUAAAAAAUCGAUGACACGCGGCGAUAGCGCAAAAUCUGUCCGGAAACCAAGUCUGAACGUGGACAGAAAACAAAGCAUAAAGACGUCCGAAAGGAAAUCAAGUGCAGACCCUGAAAGAAAACAAAGCUUGAUGGCAGCAGAUAGAAAAUUAAGCAUAAAUUCAGAAGAGAGGAAUGCAUCGAUAGAUACCGGAACGCAACGGAAAACGUCGACGUUUGCCGAAAGACGUUCAUCGCUAGUCGCCGAUACUCGUAGAGGGUCGAUUCUAGAGCCGAUGGUUGGGCGUUCAGCGCUGAUAACGACGUCGGCACAAGGACAACGUCCGGUCAACAUAAAAUUAGAAAACACCUACAAGAAUCGGCCUGACAUAUUGGUCAGGAACGACGACAUCAAAAUAUGUAUAAAGGAAGUGUUCGAAGAGGAACUGCGAGAUAAAACUUACAAUCAGGACGAAUGCUGCAUCCUUUCCAAAAGGCUUGCAGAAAUGAUUAAACAGAGAGUGAAAUCGUUGGUACAGCGGUAUAAGAUCAUUACCGUAGUAGCCCUUGGUCAGCGAGAAGACUACGCCCCGUCUGUAGCGUUCACAAGUCGCUGCGUGUGGAACGCAAACUUCGACACAUUCUCGGAAUACACGUACAAGAACUCUUCGUUCUACGCUGUAGGACUCGUUUAUGUGUUGUAUGCGGAGUGA